AUGAGUGAACAGGCACCCCGAGGCUAUAGGCCUCUUGCGCCUCGCACCAGGCUACUCGGAGGAAGCAGAGAUAGCGGAGAGGGAACAGGGAGUCCUGCUGGUGGGAGUGCACCAGAAGAAAAACGAAUGCGACGAGCAUCGACGGCGUGUACAGAGUGUCAAAAACGCCGGACCAGGUGUACCGGCCCUCCUCAUUGCACCGAAUGCUCAACCCACGCCCGCGAAUGUGUAUUCGAUGAAGCCGCCGACAGACGCCGUAAGGCCUCGGCCAAGAGAGUUCAGGAUCAGUUGGACUAUUUCCGGUCAUUCGUGGACGAUCUCAUCGGGCUUAUCCGAGAUGGUGACCGCCAGACGGUGCAGACAAUGGUCGAUACCAUACGAUCGGGAGCAACCUCUGGAGAUGUUCGAGAUCUCCUCAACAGUAUCUUGGAAGAGAAUCAAUCCAAUUCCCGAAAUUCAGGCGUGCACGCCUCAAGUUUGAACCUGAACCUGAACAUUACUCCCAACAAUCAAAUGGGCAAUUACUUCAAUCCUCCUCGCUGA